AUGAAGGAAAAUGCAAAUGAAGCUGCUAGUGAUGACACUGAAGACAAAGAGCAAACAUGUCCACAUUCUCUUGAGUCAUAUCAAAAGGAAGAAGUUGCCAAAUUACCAGGGCCAGUCCCACCUGACAAAUUCAAGGCUGAGAGUGUGGGAUCCACAUCAGUUACUCUUAUUUGGGAUGCAUCUGGCUGUGAAGAGAAGAAGUUUCAUAUAGUCUGCUACCAGAAUGGAAGAAUCAUUCAGGAAGAGACGACACAAUUAGGCAGUGUGGUUUUCAGUGACCUAAAUCCUGGGAAUAAGUACUCUUUUCACAAUACAAUAGUGCUUCCAAAUGGCUUUCGAAGCAAAGCAGCAGUCACAUACGCUCAAACCAAAACAAACAUUCAGAGCCUCUUACAGGAUUUGGGGUUGGAGCAGCACUACCCGAACAAACUCUCACUUAAGGAUGUGCUACAGAUUGACAUAAGGUCAGUGACAGAUGAGCCAGCCCAGUUUCUAUCAUCUUUACCAUGGCUGUUCCUGAAGAAACUGAUGAUGGUGAAUGUGACUGCAAGAAGUGUCAAAUAUUCAUGUAAUGAUGAAGAUUGGUCAAGCUUAGAUAUUUACAAUGAUACAUUCGAUCUUCUUAAUGAUCAGAACAGCAGUGUGAACCCUUUAGACAUAGUGACCGCACUCUUUCUUUGUUCAGAUGGUUUCCUCCAACAGGAAAUGGUUUCGAAAAUGUCAAUGUGUCAGUUCUCUGUUCCUUUGCUUCUUCCAAACUCUGAUACUCAACAGUGUAUGUUCAUGCUUUGGGCCAUGAGAGAUAUUGUAAAGAAAUUUAGACCUCAUUCUUUGUCAGAACAAAAAGGCUUUGUGGAGGAGAGAAUUGUUCACGCUAAGCUCCCCCUAGUGUCCUUUGUUAGACUUGGAAAUUGCAACAUUUCUAAAUCUCAGAUCUUAAACAAACUGCUCAGCAACCCCCAACAAUAUCAUGACACUUUUGUACAUCGUGACAUGGAUUGCGGAGACGUUCCAAGAAAGAUAUCUAAUGGGUUAGUGGAGAUGAGUUGGUAUCUACCUUGUGGAAACAAAAACAUUGAUGUUUUUCCUGAACCCGUGGCUUUUGCAAACUUGAGAGGCGACAUCAGUGCCUUUGAAACACAGUACUCCUUCUUAUGCCAGACCUCCACUGCAGUUUUUGUGUUCUUUGACAAUCUGGACACAAACUACAAGAUACUCACCAACCAACAUGCUAAUGCACAGUUUUUUUUAGUGGGCAACAGACAGAGCAAAGUAUUUAAUUUGGAGCAGCUAAAAAGGACAGCCUCUGAAAUGAGUUUAAAGAAAAACAACAUAAUUCUGAAGAUCAAUCAAAAUGAUGCACAUUUUGUCAAAAAUCUGCAUUCUACAGUAAAUUACAUACUUAAUAAUCUCCCAAACAAAGCAUGCCUGGAAGGAAUGGACACCAUAGCACAUGAACUCGGAAUUCAAGUUGAUGAAGACAUCAAAGAAUGUCAGAAAGCAAAAAAUAAUGCACACUUCAUAACAGAAGAAAUACUGGACACAAUGCAGUUCAAACAGAAUCAGCUUCCCUUUCAGGGUAAAAUAUGGAAAGAUUUGGCAAAACUGGAGAAAGAGGAAUGCAGACUCCGGAAAGCUGGUGAUCAAAACAUAGAGACAUACAAGAGUCAUCUCCAGAUGAAAAAGACUGAACUCAGGAAACAGCAGAGUAAAUAUGAUAUCUCAGAGGCCAUGUCCUGCUUUGUUAGUGCACUAACUACCUCAGACCAGGAAAGGUCCUACUUCUUGAAGUGGAUGCGGAUGAACCUAGACAAUCUCUCCCAAAAAAACCUCUCUAGCCUCAGAGAAAAGUACAAAGAAAAGUGUCAACAAUUUUCAGAAAACAAAGAGGAGAUUGCACAGAGCUUGUGGAAUGCAGUCAAAUAUGAAAAUUUCAUAUUUAGCUUCAGAAACAGCUUGGUGGCUGAUGCAUACAUGAGACUGUGCACAGAAUUUCAUAAAUGGGAAUGGUCUUUCAAGAAGCAUAUUCACUCUUGGUUAACAGGAGCUGAAACCAGAGUGUCAAAUUUUGAGAUACUCAAACUGAAAGCAGACAAAUCAGACUUGAAAGAUCUUUUAUUUGGGCUAAAACAAGAAGCUGUCACAAAGCUUGACUCAUUGGAAAAGACCACAAUGGAACAUCUGUCCAAAUACUUUGAACAAACAGAGGGUCAUGUCUGUCUUGUGGAAAAAUACAAACAAGACUUUGUGAACAGUGUGAAAUCUCUCAGAAGGGAAACUGAGAGCUCUCUGCUGACACAGCUUGAAGCUACAGUGGAAAUCAGGAGAGGAAUGACUAAUUUGGACCAAAUCAAGAAAACAUUCACUGACACAAUGGAGAAAAAGGUGUUGGGCCUACUGGAGGAGUUACGGAAAAACAACUACUCAAAUAGUGAUGCCUAUAUGACUGACAAUGAGCUUGACAGAUGUUUUGAACAUAUAUGGCAAGAAACUGUCAACGAGCUGUCAUUUAACGGACUGGAGAACAAAAAUAUAUCUGAUUGUGUUUUCAGCCAACUUCGAAGGAACCUGAAACAGAAGGGAAGUUCUGUUGCAGAGAAAUUAAUGAAAGUCAAUCUGAACAAUUAUGGCACAGGGGUGUUCAAAGUCACCAAAGAAAAUUUCUUAAAGAAGUUGUUCAAACGGAUCAUCAGUGACAACUCUACAGUGAACCUACAGAAUUUGGCAGAUGAAAUGAUAGACACGUGCUCUCACGUAGUCCGGGAAAAGACAGAGGGACGUUUAGAUUACCAUGACACCUACAUUCAGGAAAUCAUAAACAUAAUUGAUGACAAACUGAUGUUCAACAAGAAUCUAGGAUUUUCAGAUGAAUUUGAACUAUCUCUCAAAUUGCACAUUUGCGGGUUUUCUGCAAAAGAAUUUCAACACAUGCAUGAUUGUUUCAUUAAGGAGAAUGACCCACGCAGAUGCCUUGGUCAGUAUAAAGAGAAAUAUCACAAUGAUUUCAAAGACCUAUUCCAUGAUCGCGAUCAGUGUCAAAGAAAGGCUGAAGAAUUCACUAAACUGUGCCUGAUUCCUGCAGUUGAGACAUUCAUCUACAGCUCCUUGGGUCCAGACAUCGUUGACAAAAUGAUUCAGGGUAAAAAUGCAUUUCAGUUCAGCACUCGUGGAUUUUUUCAGUACACACUCUUAAAGCAGCUGCUCAGAGAAGAUGCGUUUGAACAGUAUGUGAAGUACAUUUCCUCCUAUGAACGUUUUGUUAAGGGCUGGAUAUCAGAUCAAAUCACCAAACAGUUUUCAAAUGGACAUGAAGUGUCUGAGUUGGAGGAACGUCACCUUAGAGGGAUCACCAUGGGGAUACUAGAAGCUGUGAAAAUGGCACAGAAUGAAACGUAUGAAGAUGGUAUCAAAGGAUUCAUACACUGCAUAUGCAGGAAGCUUGGACGAAAGCUAAUAAUUCCCAAAGAUGCUCUAGAAAUAGUGAUGGUCCUAAACAAUGCUUCUCAAGAACCAUUUGCUUGCUGGCUAACUAAAUCUGUAGAAGAGAUGGAGCAGACACUAAAGGAACAAUUGAAGAAAAUCAACAUCAAGGAGAAACUGUCCAAACUCAAAAUGAAACCCCAGAAUGAGCUCUUCAAACGUGUGUUUGGAUGUGGAAAACAGUGUCCAUUCUGCAGUGCUCCAUGUGAGGCUGGUGGAGAAGCCCACACUGACCACUGUACUUCAGUUCACAGACCUCAGGGACUUGGAUCCUUCAUGUUUGUAUGCAAUGAAAAACUAGUGACAGACAUCUGCUCAACAGAUGUCCACAGUGAACAACAGUUCAUGUGUUUUGAGACCAAUUAUGAGUACCAUCCUUACAAAAGAUAUAUCUAA